CAAAAUUUGAUCUUUGUGAGCAUAUUUUACAUAGUAAUUUUUUAUUGAGCAGAUGGAACACCAGCUGUGAUUUGGAGGGGACUAAGAUCUGUCCAUGGUGCUGGAAUAAAAAUUCCCUCCGUCACACCGAUGAGGAAGGGAACAAUUUACAUAUUCAGUCACAGUGUUCUGAGUGAAAGAGGCGACACUGGUGCUUGAAGGUUCAAUCGGUUGCACAAAAGAACAACUUCAGCAAUUUCACUUUAUGUUCGAGCCAUUAUAGGCAUUUGGAUAGAAAAAGAAGUUGAGUAGUACUAUAGGUCAGCUCUUUCACGUGUAGCUGUCACUUUGAACAAACCACUGAUUGGGACCUAACCCCUCACCCGUCUCUCGGGAUAAGCGCGCCUGCUAAAAGCGUUAAAUGUAAAUGGGAAAGCCUUUGUGAAGUCUCAGAAGAAGGGUUUCAAAUACGCAUCGCUGGGAGUUAAACUGCAUUAGACCCGAAUCCUCUCUGCCAGCUGCACGUAGCUCAUGGCUAAAUGAAUUUCAUGAAAAGCUGCACAGAUGCACCCACAUCAGCCCGUUUUAUGACGAUCGCCUGCAAAUGGAAUUUUCCUUUAAGAUGAUGUAGGACAUUACUUCACGGGACGGUUUUCUUCGCUCUCUUGCACAGCCUGGAGCAACAUUAUCUUAAACCUUCUACCGGGGAGAGCGUUGCCGCACUCAGCAGUUUGGAGAGAUGGGUGCGCACCGGAGUCCCUUCUCCACCUUUCUCUCUGGGAGCAGCCUCGGAGCAUGUUUCAGCGCCCCAGCUGUCAGAAGCGACGCUCAGUAGCAGAAUGAUGAGAUGCACGCACAUUCUUCAAUUUAUCCUGGACUGAUGUGUUUGAAAAAGAAGCUAGACGCGCGAACCUUACCGUAAAAACUUGAGAGAAAAUAUUCUUACUUUUUUGUUGGGAAUUUCAGAGUGAAGUGAAGACGGCAUUUCUUUGAAGUCACAGCAAUUAACCAUCGCAGUGGAUGUGUGUAAUAUGAUGCCGGUUGUAAUAAUCGAUUCUGUUAAAAAAAGGUUGCACCGUGGGCAUGCAUAUUUACGCACUGGGGUUAAAGGACACAGUGUAGGCACACCUUGGGAUUGUUUGUCAUGAGACACCGGAUGCGAGGACUGCAGCUUGAGUCAAGCUUAUGCUUUGGGUCUGAAUACAUCUACACGAUGCUGCUACACCCUACACCCUGAACUUCUAGGCGCUCCGUGAUCGAGACUCAGGUUUCGUGCAAAAUCUGCGCAAAAUGGCACUGAGCGAAAAUUGCAAAACCCAACCUGCAAAAGAGCAAGGCUCGGUGCAAAACACUGCAUCGGAUGUUAUUGAACUAAAUGUGGGUGGACAGGUGUACUACACUCGUUAUGCCACCUUGACAAGCCUUCCAAGCUCCCUACUUGGGAAGCUCUUCUCUAACAAGAAGGGGUCUUCAAAUGACUUGUCCCGGGACCUUAGAGGACGCUAUUUUAUUGACAGAGAUGGCUUUCUUUUUCGCUAUGUGUUGGAUUAUCUAAGAGACAAGCAAGUUGUCCUUCCUGACCACUUCCCCGAGAGAGGAAGGUUGAAAAGAGAGGCGGAAUACUUCCAGCUGCCAGAAUUGGUCAAACUUUUGUCAUCUGAGGAAACAAAAAUAUUUCCAGAUGACUUGUACUGCAGCGAUUACGAUGAUGCGUCGCAAGGCAGCGACCAGAGGUUUUACCCCUCUUACUCCUUGGACAGGAGGUACGGCUACAUCACGGUCGCUUACAGAGGCGUUUGCGGCACGGGAGGCAGAGAGAGUCAAACUGACGUAAAGGCCAAAAAGUUACCGAGAAUCUUCAUCAGCAGCAGGAUUGGUUUGGCCAAAGAGGUGUUUGGAGAUGCCCUCAAUGAGAAUAGAGAUACUGAUAGACCACCUGACCGAUAUACCUGCAGGUUUUACCUCAAGUUCAGGCACCUGGAGAGAGCUUUCGACAUGCUGUCAGAGAACGGUUUUCACAUUGUGGCCUGCAAUUCAUCCCUGACGGCAUCCUCCAUCGGUCAUUACGCGAAGGACAGGGUUUGGUCCAAUUACGCACAAUACAUCUUCUACCGUGGGCCCUCAAAGUGGUCGUCUUCUCACUGUGACUGUUGCUGCAAGAGCCACAAGAGUGAGCGAGAGGGAGAGAGUGGCACGUCCUUCAAUGACCUCUCCACUUCCUGUUCUGAGACCCAGUCAGAGGCCAGUUCCCCUCAGGGAACCGUAAUCUGCGGACCCGUGAGACGGCAGACCAACAUUCAGACACUGGACCGUCCUUUACCUAAAGGACCAGUUCACAUGCUGCAGCAGGCAGAGAUGCGUCGCAAGACUGACAUGCUCCGCGUGAGAACCUUUGGGGUUCGGGAGCGAGAGGCCGCAAAGAGGAAAGCAAACAAGGAGAAGCUGACUCCAGAACAGGAGCUGGAGAAAUGCAUCCAAGACUUCCGGCGCAUUAGGAUUCCUGAUCACUUUCCGGAGAGGAAGUACAUGUGGCAAUCAGAGCUCCUGAGAAAGUACCGUCUCUAAAUAUGAGUGUAAAGAAGAGAAGAAGGAAGAAGGAAAAGUGGUACUUUAUCAUCAUGUUAUGAAGAGUAUUCAACUGCUUAGGCAAUAGACUGCACCCUCUAAGACACAUACUGUACAAAAAUAAAUAAAAAAAAUAAAAAUAAUAAUAAUAAAAAAACUAUGGCCAGUCUCCUGCCAGCAUGACUUGCAGAGCACACACAGUACAAGGCAGCGUGAGUCAUUGAUUGGUAAAGUAUGCACAAUGUUGGGUAUGUAUGCACAUGUGUAAAUCAGGUUACUCCUGCUGGGGCUUACAUAUAGUAGUCUCACUUCAGAGAGCUGGAACCAGGCAUACUAAAGGCUAAUGUAAUAAUAUAAUCAUUGGUUGAAGCAACAAAGCAACCUCAGGGGCAACAUCAUUUCAGCUGAUCAACCUAUCACAUACUGUAUGCCCACAAUAGCUUUUUUUUAAUGGAUGUACCCAGAUGGUGCCAAGAGUUAGCAAUGGAAUAUCACUAUACUCCACUGAUAACACAUUUACUUAGAGCAAGCUUUGAUAACAGCACUGCAUGUCAUUUCACCCUGAGCAUAAUUAUGCAAUAUCAAAGUAACUUUCAGUUGUUUUGUAGGAUGGGUAAAAAUGGUGUCUUAUGAAUGAGAUGACCUUAAAUGAGGAAAGCACUGUGUAGAGCUGUUUGCCACUGUAAAACCUUUUGUCCAAUGUUGUCAUUAUGUGUUGGAUAGACAAUGUUGUGUAGGUAGAGUAUAAUGCCAAUGGAUAUUGAUCUAAUCCCUCAUUGUA